AUGGCUUGCACAGCUUCGUCACCCGUCAUGAUCAAAGAAAAGCAUAGUAUGUCUCCAAACGAGUUAGAGACCAAUUCCUCCAUCGCUCCCGGAGUCAUUGAACCUAAAAUCACUGAUGGCAAGGACAUCGAUGUUGCCGCUCAGUAUGCGGACCAAUUCGCCAAUGGUGAUUCUUAUAGCCGCAUGGAAUGGGUUAGGUUGCGCUGGAAACUCGACAUUCGCCUGGUGCCCCUUCUGUGGUUCAACAUCACGUUAGGAGCUAUGGAUAAAGUCACGACUGCAACUGCUGCGCUGUACGGUUUCCGAAAGGAUAAUGAUCUCACGGGUGAUCGAUACAGCUGGGUUGGGAGUGCUUUCUAUUUUGGCUACCUUAUUUGGUGUCUCCCAAGCGGUUCUCUUCUUCAGAGAUUCCCCGUCGCCAAGCUCAUGUUCGUCGUUCAGAUCGUCUGGGGAGGUAUCCUCAUCGCAACUAGCUUUGCCAAUAACUUUCCGACGCUGAUCGCUCUACGCGUCCUCCUCGGUGCUCUCGAAGCCCCAAUUGUCCCCGGAAACUUUCUUAUCCUCGGCAUGUGGUACACACGAAGUGAGCAGCCCAUUAGGACAGGCCUCAUGUACACUGGCCUGUCAGUGUGCUUCACUGGCCCUAUCGGCUGGGGUAUUGGCUUCUUGGCUGGUGAGCAUCAGUGGAGGGCCAUGUUUUGGAUAUGCGGUGGUAUUACCAUCGUCUGGGCGUUUGUUCUCGGUCUCUUUCUACCCGACAGCCCUGUCAAAGCCAAGUUCGUCACCGAGCGUGAGAAGGCCAUUGUGAUUGAUCACCUGCGUGCCGACCAGACAGGCGUCGAAAACAAGACGUUCAAGAAGGAUCAGAUGAUUGAGGCCUUCUUGGAUCCUAAGACAUGGCUCAUGUUCAUGUUCAACAUCGUCAUCUCCAUUCCCAAUGGCGGUCUGACUAACUUUGCACCUCUUGUCGUUCAGGGUCUCGGCUAUACACCGCAACGGUCCACACUGCUCAUGAUGCCAACGGGUAUCAUUCAGACCAUCUCGUCAUAUUUAUGCAAUGGCGGCGUUUUCUUGUGCGCAAAGUACUUGCCCAAGAAGCAGUGCCGCACUGCCUGGGUCUUGCUUGGUAUUGUAGUCGGCCUCAUCUCAGCUGUCUUCCUAUAUACUCUCCCGACAGAGGACUUCAAUAAUCGUCUUGCGGCUUUGUACAUGUCUUACUUUUAUUUCGGACCGUAUGUCGUGGCUCUCGGUAUCAACUCGGCGAACACUGCAGGCCACACCAAGAAGGUUACAGUCAAUGCUCUCGUCUUCAUCGCAUACUGCGUGUCCAACAUUAUUGGGCCUCAGUUUUUCAAGGCAGAUCAGGCGCCUCUCUACCCACUUGGAAUGGGCGCCAUUCUUUGCAGUUAUGGGUUGGCAAUGAUUAUCAUGAUCUUCUACGGGUCGUACUGCUGGUGGGAAAAUCGGCGAAGGGAUGCCGUGGACAACGAGUCCAGCGCUGCUGUGCAUGUUGACACAGAUUUUCGUGAUCUCAUAGAUAAGCAGAACAUUCAUUUCCGCUAUGUUUGGUAG